UGAGUAUUUAGUAAGCUUCUAAGGUAAUAUCCAAAAAAAGCCCUGGAGGAGUAUUUAUUUGGUUGAUCAAACCAUCAGUUUAGUUGACCAUUUUUAGUCAUCUGUGAGAUCAGGAGAAAUCAAACAGACUCCCCGACUGAAAUAUGGCAUCCCCAGAAGCAACUUGGGUCGACCUUAUUGAUGAGCGAACACCGCAUUUAAUGAAGGAGGUCGCACCAACAAAGCUGCUGCCUUACUUGAAUCUAUCAAACGGUGAUAAAGAAAAUAUCAGAUGCGAUGAGACGAACAAAGGGAAAACAGAAGCCGCGCUGACUCUACUGGAUAAACUCAAGAAGCAAAAUGGACCAAACGGACGGAAGGCGUUUGAUGGGCUUGUUAGAGCGCUUAGAAAUGUGGGAAGUCAGCAGUCCGCAUUGCUUCUCGACCCACACUUUAAAGUUCCUUCAGCAACAGAAGAUAUCCAAGAUAAAAAUAGCUACCGACUUGGAAUUUUGGGUACGGCAGCAGAAAUUGGCGUAAGAAUCCGUUUACUCAACGAAGAGACAAAGAAAUACUGCGUAAAGGGAGAGAGAGACAUCUUGAAUAAAUAUGAAGAUAUCAGAUCAGAUAGCACGCUGCAACUUCGCGAUCAACUGCAUAAGGAUUUGCCCGAAGGCGCAGCCUUCUCCGCGGUAUGUCAAGAAACCAAAGAUAACUUACCAGCAUGCAAGUUGCGCGUGUCUCUGAAGUCCGCUGCUGAUCAGAUAUGGGAAGAUUAUAACAACGGAAAGCUGGUGGCAAUUUUAAAGAAGAACUUGUUGAGCGGAAUGACUGCCAUUUCAUCUCACUUAAGAAUGCGUAUUGACAUUAUGAAAGAGGAAUACGACCGGGCGUGUUACAUUUUGGCUGGUGGUAAUCAGACUCAUUCAUCAGACGAAACUCAGAAAUUAAAAAAAGAUCGCAUUCCUCCAGUGUUUCUUGACCAAAGAGCAGAUCCAGAGCUUAAACUCCGUUCAUACCAACAUGAACUUUCGUGUCCUGCAUUGGAAGGCAAAAACUCCAUAAUUUGUGCGCCAACGAACAGCGGGAAGACGUACGUAGCCCUUGGCAUAGCUAAAGCACAUCUGGAAAAGCAGAAGGAAAUAGGGAGCAAGCGUCCCACGGAGGUUUCUCACCCAAAGGUGUUGUUCGUUGUAAACAAAGUUAAUCUGGUUUUACAACAGAGGCAGCGGUUUGAUUACUACUUGUCCAACAGCUAUGAUAUUACAGACAUAUCAGGAGCCAAUGCCCAAGAAAAACUACUCGAUGAGAUAAUCCAAGAAAAUGACGUCAUUGUCUUGACCGCCCAGAUUCUGGUGGAUGCUCUGAAGUCCAGAAGGGUCGCCAUAAACGACUUCUCUUUACUGAUAUUUGAUGAAUGCCAUCACACUGAUAAAGGCCAUCCCUACAAUGACAUCAUGCUGAACUAUUUGGAAAUUAAAUUUCCUUUUCGAGGUGGUCGAAAUAAGGCAGUAAAGGAAAGGCUGCCGCAGAUCAUUGGGCUGACGGCUUCGCUGGGAGUUGGAAAAGCUCGCAAUAAGAAUGAAGCCCAGGAACACAUUCUUCAGUUGUGUGCAAACCUUGACUGUUCCGUAAUUGUUACUGUAGAGAAAUACAAGAAGGAUCUGAAAGGUAUGACCGGAAGGUGCGAACGUAUUUGUCACGAAAUCCCGGAUGGUGAAGCGGAUUACUUUGAUGAGAUCGUACGAAACGUUAUGAUUACAAUUGAGGGAAUGAUGCCACAGUUACCUGCCGGCCGCAAUGGGCGGCCUCAGAUGAACCACGGAAGUCAGCAAUACCAGCAAUGGCUGAAGGAACUGGAACGGAGUUCAGUAGCCCUCAAGAGCCGUGACCAGUUUACCUUGGUACAACACUUGAUGGUGUAUAAUACUGCCUUAUCCAUUAAGAAAAGCUGCCGAGUCAAGGACGCCCUAAAAUACGUCACGGAAUUUCAUGACAGGCAGAGUGAAAACAAGUUUAAGGAUAUUGAUCGAAAGUUAAGGAUGCUCUACGAGAAGGCCAAGCAAGACCUUGAUUCAGAGAGAAGAAAGAAAGGGGAACUCAAAAACCCUAAAUUAGAGGCUGUUGCCCAAUUGUUGAGAACAAAAUACCAGGCAUGCGUGGAGGAAGGAGGCCAACAAACAGCUAAAGGGAUGCUCUUUACUCAGACACGGGAAAAUACCAAGGCAUUGAAGGCUUGGCUUGAUGAGAAUAGUGAUCUAGCCUUUAUCAGGGCUGAGCGCCUCGUUGGAACUGGCAAAGGAGAAGAUGGAAUGACCCAGUGCCAACAAGAGGAGGUCAUCGCUAGUUUCCGUAGUGGUCGAAUAAAUCUGCUAGUUUCUACUACAGUUGGCGAGGAAGGAAUUGACAUACCUGACUGCAAAUACGUCAUUCGUUAUGACGUCAGAGGCAAUGAGAUAGCCAGCGUUCAGUCCCGUGGGCGUGUUCGUGACAAGGAGGGACAGUAUGAAGUGGUGGCAGGAAAAGAGACUGGUGUUAUCGAGAAGGAGAAUCUAAAUGUGAUCAGAGAGGAGAUGAUGGAGGAAGCUAUAGGCGAGGUCAAGGCUAUGGAUGGAGAUCAGUACAAUCGCAAGAUUUUAGAUCUUCAGUUGCGAGCCGUCCAUCAGCGUCAAAGAAAAGAGACUUCCAAAAAGUGCGAGAAAGAUAAGAGACAACACGACAAGGUGAAGUUGUUUUGCCGUAAGUGCCAGGUGUUCGCGUGCAGUGGAAAUGACAUCAGGUGUAUAAAGGAAGCCCAUCACGUGGUCAUUGAUAAAGACUUCACGUCCAAAUUUCAUUUCAAGAAAAGCAAGAGUCCCAGAGUGUUGAAUGAAAUUGAACUGACAGGGCCUUUGCACUGCCUGGAUUGCGAUGCGGAGUGGGGUGUGAUGCUGAAGUAUCAGUCCAAGGAAAUGCCUUGUAUCAAAGCUUCCUGCUUUGGAUUUGAGUUUGAGAAUGAGGCUGGCGUGAAAACGACACUCUCCUUCAAGAAGUGGAAAGAUGUGCGAAUGAAUGUUGAAAGCUUCGAGCACUGCCAAACACAAGUUUUAGAUUGUUUCUUGGACUUAGCUGAGCUGUGCUUAGAUUAGUUAUCUGCGGUCUGUAGUUAUUUAGCUAGCAGCAAUGACAAUUAUUAUUGCAAUAUACAAAUAUAAACAAAGCAAGAUAGGCUGACGCAGCGUUGUGUGCGCACAUGCACCAAGAGGAUUUAAAGUAAGGUAGAAAUAACAGCCGCGUAAUUGAUGUCGGCAAUAAAAGUUUAGUUUACGUACAAUUAUUAAAGUUUGCUCAGAAGGGAGGGGGCGUCUCUAAGCAAGACAUUGGUCGAGUCAUCACUGCCAGUGUGCAUGGGAAUUAGUGUGGCCUCUCACUACUUAACUAAUAGCCUUAUCUUGGUGCCUUGUGUAGUCAAUCACUGCACAGGACUUGAUUCAUCUUGCUCGUUCGUGGAGCUAGCCAUGUAAUAACAAGAGGAAAAAUAUGUAUUACCAGACGUAAACGUAUUGUGUGAACCGCGUCAGAAUUACAACACGAGAACCAAAGGGCACAUACCUAAAAAUAAAUUCUUUCUCUGAAAUUAAGUAGCAUUUGCGUUCGGAUUCCUACAGGUAAUAGUUAUCUAUUGUCAAGACCAGGUUGCAGGACAUGCUAUUUUGAUAAACUUAAAACAUUUUGGUAAGGAUCGUUAGAAUCAAUAGUUACGGACAGUUGAUAUAGUCACAUAGAAAUGAGGAACGACAACAAAAUGGCAUUUGUUAAAAGGUCCUUGCUGCAAGGGUGCAACAAUGUAUUUAAAAAACCAGAACUUUGAACUUUAUGCAAAUGUAAAAAAUAAUCUUUAAUGUAAAAAUAAAAUGUGUGGCUGAAGAUCAUUAAAAUGGAACAAGUCUUUACUUGUU